AUGAACACCAGGAUCAUGCUUUCUUGCAUGAGUGCUACUUACUGCAGUGAGUCAUCACGGACAAAGAUUAUGGAAACUAUUGCCUGGAGUUUCAAAGCUUUGAGUAUUGGCACCUAUCCUACAAGUGAUCCAUGGGGGAGAGAAUUCUCCAGAUCAUAUGAGAGGGAGCGAUGGAAGCUUGGGGGUCAAAGGAUCGCCGGUGAUUUCAUCGCAUGCCUUGAGGGAAUACAAGGUGACCAAGAUUACAUCAGAUUAAUGUUGACCCCGGCACGUUUUUUUUCCCGACAGAUGUGCUGCUACUAUUGUAGGGCAUGUGCAUGGACUUACGAGGGCGACAACCCAGCUGCAGCUGAAUUCUUGUACACAAAUUUCGGACCCCAGGCUGCUCACAGAAACACGCUGGUAUCUGUGGAGGAAUGGCUGGAUAUUUCUACACCUUCACCACUGUGCUCUGUUCCGGGGUGGUCACCAUGGCGUAUCCUGCCAGAUCAAAUGCAUUUGGUACACUUGACGAUUGCGCCAGAUGCCAUCGUUUCCUCCCUUCUUGACUGGACAGAUUCGGAGCAAUACGUUUCGGGCAGCUCUAGGGAAAGGAGGCUAUCUGAGUUAUGGGAACACUACCAUUCUUGGUGUAAUGACAAUGGAAUCAAAGACAGGGCCCAGAGGAAAUUAUUUACUGUUCAAACACUUUCACCCGACAGUGUUGGCUAUGUGGAAGUAUCCCAAAAAAGGUUGAAUGCAACUGCAGCUCGAUAUAUGCUGUUCUGGCUGUCUGCUGUAGCGAAAGACUACGCUGUGACCCAUGGAGCCGAGGCCGACGAGUAUAGAGCAGGGGUUGCCUGCGGCCUUGCUGAAAUGGAAUUGGUCUGCUUGGAGAACACCCGGCGUCUUACUUUGUCGGAGUGGCAACGGUUGGAGGAGGGAUAUCUGUGCUACAGAGCUGCUGCAAACCAUCUAUGUCGUUUGGCCAUUACCAAUGGUAUCCCUCGAUGGCAUGUAAGGCCAAAGUGCCAUUACCUGGAACAUGCUGUGUACGAUUUUGGCAUGAAAAACCUUCGACACAUGAGCAAUUACCUAGAUGAAGAUAUGAUCCGUCGUGUGAAACGGAUGGCGGUUGCUGCUCACCCCCGUUUUGUUUCUCAGCAUGUCAUGUACAGAUAUGCGCUGGCUGCAUGCCUCCGAUGGACUGGCAUGAUCCGAUAA